AUGAUAAUUUUAUUCACUUUUCAUCAAUAAGGUUUAUAAAUAUUUUUUAAUUCUUUAUUAAUAGAAAUUCAUUUUUUUUUUUAACUUGAUUUAAUUUUAAAGUUGGUUAUAAAUUCCUCACGCUUCUCUCCUCCUGCAUCUUCUCCUCUCUUCUCUAUUGCCUUCGGUGGUAUAGUAGAGAGGUAUCCAAACCCAUUAUUAAACUAAGAUAAACGAAGAGUAGAAAGCUAUUCAUGGAAAUACCAGAACUAACUAUUAGUAUUUAUUAAUACUAAUUAGAAAGAUCUCACGUUACUUCAAAUAUGCAUUUUACAAAUUAUAAGGAAUGA